GUUUCCUUCGACUGGAAAUAUCGUCAAAUCGAAAGAAACUAUGAGAAUGUUUGAAACUCAAAAUAAUAUUAUUCACUACGAAUACCUCAUUUUCACUGGUGCAUACGAGAAACUUCGCAAACAGAACACGGCUGCGUGAGAUGUGACGUUAUUACUUACACUUCCAAGCCAAUCAAAUGCAAACAUAGCAGGUGACAUCUGAUUAGAGUAAAGAAUUUUGUAAUGCAGAUUAUGCAAUGAAUAAACCGAAAAUUUUGAUAUGUGGUGAUGUGGAAGGGAAAUUCAAAACACUUUUCUCAAGAGUAGAUAAUAUUAACAAGGGGCAUGGUCCAUUUGACCUGCUGUUUUGUGUGGGCAAGUUUUUUGGUGCCACAGAUGAAGGUUUGGAACCCUAUAGAAAUGGGUCUUUGACAGUUCCAAUUCCAACGUACAUCUUGGGUCCAAGCAGCCCUGAACAGGUGGCCCUGUAUUCAGAUAUCAGUGGCUAUGAAGUCUGUCCAAAUGUCAGCUAUCUUGGUAAACGAGGAUUAUUCACUACGACUUCCGGAUUGAAAUUGGUGUAUGUGAGUGGAAUUGAAGCAGAAUCUGAUGAACCAUUGCACCACACUUUUACAAAUAAUGAUAUUGAGUCUUUAAAAAACAUAUGUCUUCGUGGACAAACUAAUUUUCGAGGGGUUGAUAUCUUGAUCACAUCAUCUUGGCCGAAGAAUAUCAUGCUUGGUGAUAAGAGUGAUCAUGUACAGAUUGAACCAAAUGGAUCAUGGCUUGUGUCAUGGCUGGCUGCUCAUUUGAAACCUCGUUACCAUUUCUGUGGUAUGGAAGGAAUUUAUUUUGAAAGAGCUCCAUACAGGAACCACAGUUUCUCUGGGGACACUCUAGAACAUGCAACACGGUUUAUUGGCUUGGCCAAAGUAGGCAACAGCCUGAAGCAAAAGUGGCUGUAUGCUUUCAGCCUGUUACCAGUAGAUGAGAUGAAAGCUUCACAUCUGUAUCAGGAAACCACAGACCAGACAGACUGUCCAUACACUGGUGGUAUGCUCAAGCCCAUUCUCUCCAAGAAACAGGCAAGAUCAUCCCAGUUCUUUUAUGAUUUGGACUCUCCUACUGAUGAAGGUAACCAAAGAAAGAAAGCAAGAAAGGAUGAUAAAUGGAAGGAUAGAAGGAAACCACCAAUAUUUGAUCAAGAAUCAUGUUGGUUUUGUCUCGCAAGUGCUGCAGUCGAGAAACACCUUGUCAUUAGCAUUGGAAAUGAGUCAUACUUGGCAUUGGCGAAAGGUGGGAUGGUACCUGACCAUGUGCUCAUCCUACCAGUGGGUCAUCACCAGUCCCUAUCCUCCAUACCUGAGGCAGUUGAAGAAGAAAUAGAAAAAUUCAAGUUUGCUCUGAAGAAGUUUUUCAAAAAGCAACAGAAAGUUCCUGUUUUCUUUGAGAGAAACUACAAGACUUCACACUUGCAGAUACAGACUGUUCCCAUCCCACGUGAUAUGGCCACCAGGCUGAAAGAUGUGUUUCAGGAAAGUGCAGAACAAGAUGGUAUACAGUUGGAUGAACUGCCCCCUCACACAAAACUCUCGCAAAUAGCACCUCCCAGAACCCCAUACUUCUAUGUAGAGUUACCUUCAGGAGACAAGCUGUACCACAGAAUCACAAACAGCUUCCCACUACAGUUUGGAAGAGAAGUGCUGGCAAGUGAGGAGCUUCUGGACAAGGUAGACAGAGCAGACUGGCGGGACUGCAAGGCAACAAGGGAAGAAGAAACUGAGCUGGCUAAGGAGUUUCGAAGUGCAUUUCAGCCUUUUGAUUUCACAUUGUAAAUUAAGCAAAAUGUCAACAGAUUUAAUGACAUUUGUAAGUACAUUACAUAUGUCAUACAUAAAAAUAUACCACUGUUCAGAAUAAAUACAGAGAGUGUGAAUUUAUUUCAUUA